UGGGAGACUAGCAGGAUGUCCUUUUUUACAAAUAAACAUCCAACACUAUCAAAGAGGUUAUAGUUGACACGUCAACAAGGAUGAGUGCUUACUUACUGUUCCAGUUCUGAAAGGUACAUGUAGAAGAUAAGCGUCUAACACCGGCGUAGCGCAGACAGCUGGCAUACACUAGAGUCUAUCACAACGACAGCUUUUAUAGUUAGCGAAAUAUUUUUGGAAAUUGCCUUGUCGCAAUCAGGAUGUCGUUUGAAGUCAGCAGCAGUCUGGUUAUAACGUUGUUCGCUGUGUAUAUUUACUGCACAAAUGGUGAAAAAAUAUCCAAAGAUUUGACCCUGGAGCCAGGUCACUUGCAAAAGUUUGGGACUGGACGACCAAGCAAGCUAAUGGACGAGGUUGAAGGAUUCCCGUCCGCGCAAGAGUUUUUUCACAAUUAUGUUUCUGUUCUUCGUCCACUGAAAAUGACAGGCGCAGCUAAACUGUCAAGAGCCUUUCAUCAGUGGACAGAUGACUAUUUCACCAGCCUUCAGGAACUCGAUGCCGAGGAUGUUCUGAUCGAGUCUAGAAAGAAAGAGAAUCGCACAAAUCCAACAUCGUUUAUGACACUGAGACAGUUUGUAAAGAUCUACAAUGAUACUGAUCAGUACAUGGUCAACAGUGUUCCUCGAGCCCUAAGGCCUGACAUGGUGUUUCCAUGUCCUGCACAGUGCGAGUCUGUUGUUAAUGGUGCGGUGGUAGACGCUCUCAUGUGGUUUAGCAGUGGAGGUACGAAAUCUGUUGUUCACACAGAUGCAGUGGAGAACAUAAACUGUCUCAUUCGUGGGGAUAAGGAAUUUGUGAUGAUAGAUCCUUUGCUUUAUGGUGACAAAGUUGACAUGGAUCAUCCUGAAGGCUCUUACUCUGACGUUGAUGUUGACGCUGUUGAUUACACAAAGUACCCAGGCCUGGCUGAAGUAGAGUUUGUAUAUGUUAACAUGACUGCAGGAGACUGUCUCUACAUCCCAUACCGCUGGAUACACCAGGUACGCUCUUACAACAGUAACCUAGCCGUCAACAUUUGGUGGGACCAUCACAAAACGGCAGACAUAGACUCAAGCUUAUGCCCACAAAAAUGUGACUACGAUUUGACCUUGGAUAAAGUCAACUACAUUGGUUUUGGAGCUGCGCUGAACAGUGAGGAAUCAUUGAAGGAUCAUAUCCUUCAGAUGAUAGGGAUCCAUUCUGAGAUAACAGAAAAAAAAUUCAUGGAGCAGUUUCUGGGGCAAGAUGAACCUGACGAAUCGCACGCUGGGGUUGGUUAUAAAGAUUUGCUUCUCCAGAUAUUUAAACUUCUAGAUUUAAACAAAGACACCGCCUUAACAAAACAGGAGCUUAAUGAUGCUGACAAAGAAAUAUGGGAAAAUGCUAGGGAUAUUUUGUUGCGUCUAGAAACUUUGUUAAAUGAAAUAGAAAAAGAUCUUGAGGAGGAGUAUGAUGAGAAUCCAGACGCUUUCGAUGAGGAAGCGGAAAUCUUAGAAACCAGAGAUGAGCUAUAACAAUUGGAUGCAUGCUAUCAACUGAAAUAAGUAAAUAUGUAAUUUUAAAUGUAUACUGAUGAAAAGUUUUGGUUAACCUCCGGCCGCUCUUGAUGUGCAUAGCUUAUCAGUACUUCCUAAAUGAGGAAGAAAUGCUGCAUUUUGUGUGUGCUGAUGUAGCUGAGAUAUUGUGAAGGUAUAUAUCUCAUCUGGCAUUAAACCUGUAUGUAUCAUCAAUAAUGGUAAAUUUUUAAACCUUGCAUUGUGUUUAUUGUUUAGCCUGUCCAUGUGUGAAUGAUCCUGAAUGGAGAGGCAAUUGAAUUAUGACUACAGCUGGUAAUAUUGUAGGAUGUUAACAAGACAAGCAUUUAUUGCAAACUAGAAGCUGUGAAUUAUGUCUUUAAAAGUUUGUGACCAAUGCAGUCACUGUGAGCUCAAGUCCAGGUCAUGCUGGCUUCUUCUCCGGCUAUAUGUGGGAAAGUCUGCCAGCAACUUAUGGGUUUCCCCCCUGAUCCCUGCCCGGUUUCCUCCUACCAUAAUGCUGGCUGCCGUCUAAUAAGUGAAAUCUUCUUGAGUACAGCGUAAAACACUGAUCAAAUAAAUAAAUAAAUUCAUAGGACAUUUAUAAAGGAAAACUGCAAAAAAAAAAAAAAAUUGUUUUGGACGUGAAUGACUGACUUUCACAAAAUAACAGGAUAUUUGAUAAUAGAGUAAACCUUAAUUAAAAAUGUUCAUAAGCAGGUUAAUAUUAUUACAGAUGGUAUUGUUCUUAUGUGUGUUAAUAUUAGCUAUCAGAAUAGACACCAGAAAAGCAUCUUCUCAUGUCCAUUGGGUUAGAGUUGGAGGAAGUCCUUAUUUUUCUGAUGGCUAUUAUCAGGAAACAGGAUUUUUUGGUUCCCCACCCCCCCACUCUCCCCGGUAUAUUCAUUGGGAAGACAUGACAGUUGCAUGCAUAGUGUGAAAGGAGAGCAUAGGUCAAAUGUCGACUUCAAAUGGAAUUUAUUUACUUGUAUUAAUUGUUUUAUACUUGUAUUAUAAGGCCUGAUUCAACCAAGUCAUCAGAUAUAAUAAAUAUGUAUCAUUAUAUAUGUUCUGACAUUCCUAAAAGAUGAAUGCAAGUUUUUAUUGUCUUAGUAAGGCACACUUAGUGGUGUAUGUGAUGAUAUUUGGGGUUAAAUAACAACAAACAAAUUGUUUGGUCUCCAGAAAUCCAGCUUUUACAUAACUAUCCUGUGUCACUAAUUUUACAUGUUCAGCACCUUUUGCAGGUUGCAGAAUGUUGAUAGUGUGUAACUCUAUUUGAAUGUUGUAAAUAUAGUUAGUAAUAAACAGAAAGAAAGAAUGAUAAUGAAUUAA